AUGCAACCCGAAAGAGGUGCUGGUAAAAGGCGGCCAAGACCACAUUUCCAACAACAUGCAGAAACUGCAUAAAUACCAAUACAUACAUGACUUGCAUUGUGAAUUUGCAAUACACAUCAAGAGGCGGCUCUUAAAAGCCACCAGGAUGAGUUGAUGGUAAAAGGCGGCAUUUAGCCACAUUCGCAAAAGCUGUAAAACAGCAUUGCAAAGUCAAAAUUAAGUCAAAUUGACUGUUCAAGCUUUGUCAUUAGUAACUUUUUAUUAUGUCAAAAGUGGUGGGGGAAAUGAAAUAGUUUGAUGUUAGACAUUAUUUUGUAAACAUAUAAUCUUUAUAUUUAACACAGAAAAAGCACUCGUUGUAGUACAAGUUAUUGUCUUAGAAAGAAGUCAAAUGAAACAGACUUGAAAUGUAGAUUUCAUUUCCCUUUUGAUAUUUGUCCUAAGACAAAAUUAGAAUGUGAAAAAUUCAUACUUCAGGUGGUAAUGAGCAUUAUCGAGCUAAGAUUGUGACUAAACGAAAUGACUCUAGAUUAAAUAACCAUCAACAACUUCAGCUCCAAGGAUGGAGAGCUAAAUGUGAUAUUCAAGUUGUUAUUGAUCACUAUGUUUGUGUUGAAUAUCUCACAAAAUAUGCAGCUAAAGGUGAACCAAGAUCACCUAUAUUGAAACAGGCAUUCAAUUCUAUUGUGCAAAAUGUUGACAGGAAUACUGACCCUCAUAGAGUUAUUAAGAAGUUUGUUAUGAAAUCUCUUGGUGAAUGA